GUCAAACGUUUACACGUUACGCCUUUAUCGUUCAGUUUGGUUGAGGGCUUCCUCCUCCUCCACAUCUAAACCGAUCGAGCCCUCUUGAAGCAAAGGGACCUAAGCAUUCUAAGACACGCAAAGGAUCUAAAGUUAACCUCACGCCUUUCAUGACAACAAGCGCUAACUAGCCGCUGCUUUUCUGGUCUGACAUCCGCUGCACGCGUGCCCCUGUCAUUCGUUUUGGACUUCUCAAAGCGGACUUGAAGACUCUGAAGGAGUAAGCCACUAAGGUAGCAACUUAGUUUAAAGGCAUUAAACGAUGGAUAGGACGGAGCUUAUUCAGAAGGCCAAGCUGGCUGAGCAGGCAGAGCGCUACGACGACAUGGCUGCAUCCAUGAAAGAGGUGACGGAGCAGGGAGUAGAACUGUCGAACGAGGAGAGAAAUCUGCUCUCUGUUGCCUACAAGAACGUUGUCGGCGCGCGGAGAUCGGCCUGGAGGGUAAUUUCUAGCAUCGAACAGAAGACCGAGGGCAACGACAAGAAGCUACAGAUGGUGAAGGAAUACCGGGAGAAGGUGGAAUCAGAGCUGAGAGAUAUUUGCAAUGAUGUGCUGGAGCUUUUGAACAAACAUUUGAUUGAAAAGUCCACAAACCCUGAGAGUAAAGUCUUCUAUUUGAAGAUGAAGGGUGACUAUUACAGAUAUCUUGCUGAAGUUGCCGCAGGAGAUGACAAAAAGGAGACGAUAACCAACUCGCAGGGCGCCUACCAGGAGGCCUUUGACAUCAGCAAGAGCGAGAUGCAGCCCACACACCCCAUCCGCCUGGGCUUGGCCCUCAACUUCUCAGUGUUCUACUAUGAGAUCCUCAACUCCCCAGAACAGGCCUGCUCCCUGGCCAAGCAGGCAUUUGAUGAAGCCAUCGCUGAGCUCGACACGCUGAACGAAGAUUCCUACAAAGACAGCACACUUAUCAUGCAGCUACUGAGAGACAACCUCACAUUAUGGACCUCUGACAACGCUGCUGAUGAAGGCGAAGGAGGAGACGGGGGCGAGAAUUAGGAGAAUGUGACGCCUCUCCACAAAAACAAGGAAAAAUAAGAAAAAAAAAACUUUUUACACAUUUCAUCCCUUCAUUCCUUAUUUCACUUAAGAAUAGUCUUUCCGUGGAUCCCCAUAACUGCAGACGUGCUGGUGUGUGCCUGUGAGUGUGUACUGUGCCUAUAAAGAGUAUUCACUCUCCUCGAAAGAUUUAAUCUUUUACGGUUGUACAACAUUGAAUCAUAGUCAAUUUAAUUUGCCCUUUUUGACUCUCAAAUGGAGCCAAAUGAUUUAUUGAAGUAUUCGCCCUCUUUGAAAUAAAUAAUCAUUGGUGCAGCCAGUUGGUUUUAGUCAGUGUGUUUCAAGUGGUCCUGGUAUAAAUACACCUGCAUCUGUCUGGGCAAAAACUACAGCAUGAAGACAAAAACAGAUGCUAAGCAACUCUGAAAACAUUACUGAGAAGCACAAGUGAGGGGAUAGAUGCAAGGAAAUUUCACUGAAUAUAUUUUAGAGUAGACUACAAUUGAAUCCAUCAUUAAGAAGGGUAAUAUGGCAUGGCUGUAAAUCCGUCUAGAGCCAGGUGCUGUACCCAUCACUCUACUGAAGAGUGGCAAAGAAUGUCCCAGUUGGAAAAAAAACCUUGAUAUCUCAGCUAGAGUUUACCAGAAGGAAUGUGGGAGGUUCUAAACUCUGAAGUGGAGAGAAGUUUUAUGGUUUUGUGUUAUAAAACAAUUAAAGGUGAAAACUUCCAAAGAGAGUAAAUACUUUUUAUAGGCACUGUGUAUUUGUGUACAUGGACUUAUUUAAUCUUUUUCCCCACCACUUGGCUUUUAUUAUGAUUAUAAAACAGAGUUAAAUUGAUAUCUCCAUUCCUUGAAUUGUAUAUGUCCCGGCCUUCUUUAUGUGCAGUCUCUGCCAUAGAAAAGUAUUGAUAGGUUCAUGUACCACUGAUUAUGCCUCCGCUUGAUGAGAGGGCAGCAGGAUUUGUGUGCAUAUGUUCAAACACCAAAUGGCUAGAUGCAUUUUCACCCAUAGCAAGGCAGUGGGAAUUCUAAAGAGUGACACAUGUACUUUAUCAAUGAUGUGCGAGAUGGCCAUUAGCCAACUUUUGGCCUGUCUUUCCAGCUCCUGUUGGACUUAUAUCAGCAGAUGAGACAGUGUUGUUGACCAUUCAUGCAUUGGACUUGAAACACUUUUGAAGCCUCUGUUCUUUUAAGCUUUGUGAGCUAUAGUCUAACCACAGUAGCAAGUCAGUGAGCCUCUCUCCGCCAAGCCAACACUCUUCGUUGGCAGUAAAAAGGUGCGUCCUUGAUGGGCAAAAACACUCCUUUUUGGGUAAUGUUCACAUCAAUGUGUUUACACGUAGCAUGUAUGAUCUAAUAGACUUACAUUAUAAGAUGGAGUUUUAUGCAGACCAAACAGUGAGUAAAUAAAAAAAAAUAUUUAUAUGACCUCAUGCAUGCCAGGUUUCAGUGGACACUGGAAUGGGAACCAAUUCAAUCCCGAAAUUCCCACUUUGGACUUAGUACUUUUCAUUGCAGAUUUGUGCACAUGUACGGGAGUGUCUGGUUUGUCCAGUGCUUUGUCUUUAGAGAUUUGGACCACUAUUGUGUAUUUGCUAAUCAUUGAUUGUAGUCCUAAAAGCCUUGUGGAAACGUACAUGCCCUACGCAAGUUAUGUAACAUGAAUAAAGAUGACAUUUUCUAAACCACA